CGCAGAACAGACCUUCAGGUGGUCAAGCACCAGCAAUGUGCUUCUGGCCCCAAAACACCGAGUGCCUCAUCCAGGAGGGUCUUGAUGCAGAGGACAACUCACCUAUUAUGUCUGGCUGAUCAAGAUGUCACCGUGGUUCCUGCAUCUCUCCAGUCACCCUCUAAUGCCAACCAAUCCAAGGACUUCAUUCGCUGCCUGCCACCUCACCUGUCCAUGUAUAUCCUGGGGCUUCUGGAUGAAAAAUCCCUCAAUGCGUGUGCUGCUGUGAGUAGAUGCUGGGAUUUUCUGGCCAAAGAAGUCAAGAGGGAACGUGUGUGUCAAAGAACAGUCCAGGAGAGGAUCCUGUAUUUGCAGGGAUUGUGCCCCAGAGGAGCAGUUUCAAACUAUGCUAAAAGAGUCAAUGUCACAAUUCCACAGUUAAAUGAAGAGGGUGAUGCCAUCGAAAUGAAACGCCACAAAUGGGGAAGCAAAUCAAAGGAGGAAAAAAAUCUACAGGCAGCCUAUCAUGGUCUGAAAACUGACACAAUCCAGCUGGAAGAGAGAAAUGUCUUCUGUGGCUCCUACAAUAUUCGUGUUCUCAUGGACCAACCAGACGGGAGCAGAAUAAUCCACUACAGUGGUGGAAACUUGGUAGCCAUUGGCUCUGCAGACCGAAAAGUGAGGCUUCUUGAUAUGUCAGGAAUGAAAGAAGUUCCUCCUCUGCUCUCUGGCCACGCUGGGAGCAUCAAAGCACUCUUCCUCAAUGAGAAGAAAGGGUUGGUUCUCAGUGCAAGCUUUGAUCUCAGCAUCAGAUGUUGGAAUAUAUACAGUGGUGCUUGCGUGAAAAUCUUUAAUGGUCACUGUGGGACAAUCACCUGCUUGGACUUACAUGAAGAGCAGUUUGUGUCAGGAGCCAGAGAUGGGAUGGUAAAAGUGUGGAGCUUGGAGAGUGGGAAAUGUCUCAAGACCCUGAAGCACAACAGUGCUGUUUGGGUAGUUAAAAUGGAUGGCACCCGUGUUGUCAGUGGGGGUAACCAAGGGCUGGUGAAAGUCUGGUGUGCUGAUACGGGCACUCUGAUCAAAACAUUAGAGGGGCACCAAGGCCCAGUUAAGUGCUUGUCCUUCGAUCAGUGGCACCUAGUCACAGGAAGCACUGAUGGAUACGCCCUGGGAUGGAGCAUGUUGGGAAACCUUAAGCGAUGCCUAAUAGCUUUCCGUCACCCUAAGGAAGUUCUGUGCCUGGAGUUCCUCUAUCUCAGAGUCAUCAGCGGCUGCGCUGAUGGAAAGAUUCGUGUAUUUAGCUACCUGACUGGAACCUGCCUGAAAGUCUUGAUGGCCAGUAGUAGAGGGGACCCCAUAUCGUCUUUCUGUGUUGCAGAAAACAGGCUGGUGAUCAAUUCACCAACUAGCCUGCUGAUGUUCCAGUUUGAGGAGGGCAGGUGGGACUAUACCUUAGACUCCAAUCGAGAGGUGGUGGGGAAGAAAAAACAGCCCACGGGGACUUCAAGCAGCAGGCCACUCCACCUUCAGGGAGCGAAAUGCCACGACCUCAGCCGGGUGCAUCAACUUGCUCUGGAGACACGAGCUCUCCGCAAUGGACUGAUGAAAUCAGCAGCUUGCCAGGAACAGCAGAAUUUUCUCAAGAUUGAAAAGACUUUUCAUAAUCAGGCAGAGAAGCUGAAAAAGCUUUUCAUUCCUGGUACCACACAGCCCCAUGGCUUUGCCUUGGGAAAGUCAAUGAGAGCAUGUUCUGCAAGAAUCCUAGCAGAUACUGAUGGCAAACCUGAACAUGGCCUUUCUCUCUAUGCACCUGCACAACCUGACAGGGCAGAAGCUACUUUGCACCAUGAAAAGAGAAGAGGUCCGAGUUGUCCAGUGUCCCCUGACAAGCUCCUCUCAACCACCAGCAUGCUGCAGAACACCCGCAAGGCAGCCCCACUCAGGUCCAGUAUUGAGCACGCUGCAAAAGUCAGGGAAGCAUGGGAACCUCCACGGGAACAUCAGCAACACCGCCCUGAAAUGGUACAAAUAUACAAAACCCCUCUGCAACACAAAAAGGAUCAGACAGUCCAGCUCCAACAUGUGAGAUUGCACGGUGAUUCUCUGACUACGAAAAGAAUUUCUGUACCCUUUGAAACCAAAAUGCUGAAGCUCAAGCUGAAAAACUCCUUGCAUGGACCCAGUGUGAAUUCCUCCAUCCCUGCUCCCUCCGUUGUACGUCCCAAGACUUGUGGUUUGCUGCGAGAAAACAAAGCUCAAAGUGGUCACAGUAAAGUCAUCCCUCUCCCUGAAGAUGAGGAACAGCUUAUCAAUCCCUUUACAGCUUCUUCUGAACUGAUCAAAUCAACACGUGUGAGGACUGCACAGAUGAAAAAUGAAGCAGUUCCCAGGAGAAAAAAGCCCUUUUGUCCGUACGCUGCAGACCCUUCCCAGAAUGACAGUGGGUUCAGACUUCUGACAACGAAACAGAAGGAGGCGUACGAGGCAGCUACUGUAGCUCAGUUUCAGGCAUACCACGCAAAGCUCACAGAACAUCACCAGAAAGCAUGCAAGAAGGCCUGGUUACGGAAAAUUAAAGGCCUACCUACAGACUCUUUCACUAAGGAGGGGAAAAUAGCUGCUCCUGAACUUGGGUUUAAUACAUUCAUCUGA